CAUUCAACACUGGAGGCGCGUCAAAACCCGUAUGUUUCUCCACUCUUUAACUCCCAGACGUGUGGUAUAGCUGUAUAGUGAGUCUGUCUAGCUUCACAUAUUAGAUCAAUGUCUUUCAUCAUGAUGAAGAAGAAGAGGUUUAAGUUUAAAGUGGAUGUGGAGUUGGAGGAGCUAUCAUCUGUUCCAUUUGUGAAUGGAGUUCUGUUCUGCAAGGUCCGACUCACGGACGGGGGCUUUUCGGAGGAGUCGUCGAGAGAGCCGGUUCUGGCUAACUGUGUUAAAUGGAGAAAAAGAUUAUCCUUCUUAUGCAAGAUGAGCGCUAGUGCAGCGACAGGGAUACUGGACCCUUGUGUUUUCCGGGUAUCUGUAAGAAAGGAACUAAAAGGUGGGAAAACAUUUGCAAAGCUUGGCUUUGCUGAUUUAAACCUGGCUGAGUUUGCUGGAUCAGGAAGCACGACACGGCGCUGUCUACUGGAGGGAUACAACACAAAAAACACACGUCAGGAUAACUCUAUGCUGAAGGUGAUUAUCAGUAUGCAGCUAAUGUCGGGUGAUCCCUGCUUUAAAAUGCCUCCAUCCACUGCAAUGACCAUUGGUUUCCCAGUAGAUACAGAGUGUCUUCAUGAGGACAGAAAAGGGGAAACACAGAAAACAACUCACAUUUGUACAGAAAACCCAGGAAAAAGUGGCUCCAGUCUAGGUUCUGCUUCUGUUCCAGAUAACCUGGCAAAGUGUGGGCACUCAAGAACCUCCAGCUAUGCCAGCCAGCAGUCCAAGCUCUCGGGCUACAGCACUGGUCACUCCCGCUCCUCUAGCCUGACAGAGCUUUCUCAUAAGAGGAAUUUAUCUGUGGGCAGUGCAUCCACAGGGAUUGGCAGCCUACCAGAUGCCAGUGAGGACAGAGAGUCCCGCUCACCAGCCUGUACACCUUUGCCCCAACACUUAAUCACACCAUCACACAGUGGCAGCUCAGUCAACAGGCACCCUAUAAAGCAGGACUCAGUUGAGUCUCAGCUAAAGAGAGUGGACGCUACAAGAGUGGACGCUGAUGAUAUCAUUGAGAACAUCCUACAGGGCCAAGACUUUAGUCACAGCAUACUGGAUUCUAGUGCUGAAGAGGAGGGUCUGCGUCUGUUUGUCGGGCCAGGAGGCAGCACUGCACUGGGAACUCAGCACACCAGGGUUGGUGCUGGGGCUUUUGAACAGGUGGUUAUAAAGCGCUAGACUGAACGUCCAUGGGGGAAGGUGAUGUAACAUCCUGUGUCAAAGGAGGGGAUAGCAGUUGUCUUAGAUCACAAGCAGCAAUUCUAUACUGGGCGCCUGACACAUUCGUGGGCUCUAGGGAAAUCAGUGCUCUCUCUAGUGGCUAAACAUGAGAAGUUCUGGUUUAGAUGGCUCUGUCAGCUGGUUCUGAUAACAGACAGCUGUUCUACUUCCUCAAUUUACUGGACAUGCCUGGAUUGGUACUCUAUGGGCAAAAAUAGAUGGUUGUAGUUCUCACAGUAGUUUAAAAAAAAAAAAGGGGGGGGGGGGGGGGGGUUCUAAUGCUUGGAACCACAAAGGUGUAACUGAAAAGAGUCACCAUGAGGGAUCUCAGAUUUUAUAAAGAUUUUAGCUGAACUUUUUAAAAUGUAAUUACAUGGAUUGAUGCACUUUGGACUUAUGUCUGAUGUCUCCUUUCAGGAAGCUGCUAAUUUGAAUUUCAAGUAGACAGCUUGGAAUCUUAUAGAAGUCUUUUUAAAAACACAUAAAACCUUAAAGUGGCCAUAUGAUGUGCCCUAAAGUGGUGUUAUAUGUUUUAACUGAUCCAUUCAAAUACAGAACAAGAUAACGGAUGUUGAUAUGUAUUGUUUGUUUGGGUUUGUAAAUAUGGGAAUUUUAAACAGUUUAUUAAUGCCAAUAUUUGUUUGAAAGAACAUAGAUUUUAAUGGAGGGUAAAAAAAAAGUGCAGUUGAUGAGGUUUCAUGUUGUAUCUUAUAAAACUGUUAUAUUUUGGUGUAAAAUGGUGUGCAUGAGGAAAAAAAGAAAAAUGGGUUUCAUUUUCUGUAUGUGUGUUUAUGUAAAAGCAAAAGAAAGAAAUUUAUCUCUAAUCUCUCUUAUUUUACAGAGCGAUGUCAUAAAGUGUGUGUAUACCAGAAUACUCCUUGAAUAGUGCUUUUGAAAAGUGUCUGCACUUUUGAACUAUGCAUAAGUUUUAUAUUUAACACUGCAGCAAUGAUACACAACUCCCUUAGUGCUAAAUCCUGAAAUAGCAACAGUGAUGUCAGGAAACUCAUUCCCCAUAUUUACAUUAUAUAGAAAUGUUGAAUAAGUUGCAUCAUUUAAUUAAAUGGCAAUAGUCAAAACAAAUUCUGGUUAAAGUGCAUAUAAAAUACAACAUGUAAUAUUCAGCAUGUAGUAUGUUGCAUUGUAUACAUGCAUUUGAAAGCAGUAUAAAUUGAACUAUUA